GAGGCCCGGAGCUAGGUCAGCAAGAAGAAGCUGGCAAAGAGCUGGGCACAGAGCAGCUGAGUUCUCAAAUAAGCAGUGGCCAUCACCAUGGGCACAAGUCCGAAAUGGUCCUUCUUCCCCGGUGAUCACUGGCUCUACUUCUCCGUGUACCUCUUCACCUUCAUCGUGGGGCUCCCCCUCAACAUGAUGGCCCUGGUGAUCUUCGUGGGCAAGCUGCGGCGGCGCCCGGUGGCCGUGGACGUGCUUUUGCUCAACCUGACCCUCUCCGACCUGCUCCUGCUGCUCUUCCUGCCGUUCCGCAUGGUAGAGGCCGCCAGCGCCAUGCACUGGCCCCUGCCCUUAGUCUUCUGCCCCCUCUCUGGAUUCCUCUUCUUCACCACCAUCUACCUGACCUCCCUCUUCCUCACAACCGUAAGCAUUGAGCGCUUCCUGAGCGUGGCCUACCCACUCUGGUACAAGGCCCGGCCCAGGCCUGGACAGGCCAGCCUGGUCAGCGGGGCCUGCUGGCUCCUGGCCAGCGCUCACUGCAGCGUGGUCUACGUCACUGAAUUCUCAGGGAACAACUCCCACAGCCAGACUAUGAACAGCACCUGCUACCUGGAAUUCGAGAAGGCCCAGCUGGCUGUCCUACUCCCCGUCAGGCUGGAGAUGGCUGUGGUCCUUUUUGGGGUGCCCCUGCUCAUCACCAGCUACUGCUACGGCCGCCUGGUGUGGGUGAUCAGCAGGGGAACCAACCAUCGACGGAAGCGGCGGGUGAUUGGGCUUGUGGCGGCCACCCUGCUCAACUUCCUUGUCUGCUUCGGGCCCUACAACGUGUCUCAUGUCGUGGGCUACAUCAAGGGUGAAAGCCCGGCGUGGCGAAGUUAUGUGCUGCUUCUUAGCACCCUGAAUUCCUGUGUCGACCCCCUUGUCUACUACUUCUCAUCAUCCGGAUUCCAGGCUGACUUUCACGAGCUGCUGAGAAGGCUGACGGGGGGGCAGGGCCCUUGGAAGCUGGAGGGCAGCAUGAAGCUAAAGAAGGGUGAGGAGGGGGGGCAGCCAUGGGAGCUGUCCAACGUAGAGAAUAGGAAGCGGACUCUGGCAGUGGCCAGGCAGUUCCUAGCUGGAGUCAGGCAGGACUGGGGAGUGAGAUGGGGGAGCCGGGGGUUGAUGCAGCUGGGCCGGAGCAGGCACCCAGCCUCCCCAAGAAUGCUCGCCCAAGCCUAGCUCUCGGCCUUACCCAACUGCCCUCCUUUUCCA